AUGGCAGGAUUUUGUCGGAGAUGUGGCGACAUCAUCAGAGGCAGCGAUUCCCGAUGCAAGUGUGGUGGUUCCAGUGCUUCUUCACAGGUGACCAAGGCAAUGUUCGAAACAACUGAUGGAUCGCCCAAGCAUGACCGAUGGCUCAAAACCUACGGAGAACGGCGCAGUGUCAGCCCAGCCUCGGCCCUCGCAUCCAGAUCUCAGUCCAAACCGCCUCCGCCCUCUCAACUACAAAACGUUUGUCUACCUUCACCUGAAAUUCUAACCCAACCCUUGGUACCAGCUCCAUUGAAAACCCGGCAAAGCUUAGGCGACCGAAGCUUAAACAUCAUGCCUGCCGAAGCGGCCGCCCCUCCUCUGCCCCAAGAGCCCAUAUCCGAACCUAUCGUGCCCAAGGAAGUCAAGCGGGGCUUGUCGGUCAAGUCUUCUGCCCGGGCCCACGUACGGUCUCUAACCGCCAACAUGCCUGAUUCGGUGGGCCUUUCGGCUGCGGAAGAGGAAGUCCUGACUAACGUCUUUGGCUCAGUCUUAGAUCCCCAUGAGACUCGAGGUCGUUGCGGCGCUUGUCAGCAAAUUUUUAAACGUGAGGGCAAAAUUUAUCCCGAUCCAAGACGCGAGGACGAGAGUGGAAAAUGGGCAGGCGUCUUUUAUUGUCGGAAAUGCUAUGUUCAAAGGUUCAGUCGCGGUAAAUGCGCGUCUUGUCAGCAUACGAUUGUCGGAGAUGAGGGCACCUUCAUUCAACUCGGGAAAGAAGGCUGUAACGGGCUAUGGCAUAAGAAAUGUUUCAAGUGUGUGCAUUGUCAAACCGAUGUCUCAAAUUCACCCAGCGUGGACCUCAGCGGAAACCCCUGUUGUGACGAAUGCUUUGAAAAGCCUCAGCCCAGAAACUCAAAGUCUUCAAUGGUGACAGACAUUCCUGAUCUACGCGUCCAGCCCCUGGGCUAUACUCGUAUCAAGCGUACCAGCAUCAACAACUCACCAGCAGCUCAAAAUAUCAAACCGGCUGUCGAUGAGCUUCGGAAUAAGCUAAGGAAGGCUGGGAUCGAAAAAGAGCCCGCUCGCCCAUCCAUUCCAUCAUCCGUUGGCGCCGUUAACAAUACCCGUUCGCAGCCUAAAAUUAGCAUACCCGCGUCAGCCACUCCCGCCGUCUUCCCCACCUCAGUCAAGCCUCUUUCAAUUGUCAAGCCCACUCUCCAAGCUCUAAAACCAGAUGCUCUACGCAAUCCCACCAGUACCUCAUUUAAAUCUAGUCCGAAAUUGGGUUCAACGGCGGUACAACAUGUAUUAUCACCCUCAGCAAACCCGCUCUGCCCAACUUGCAAGCUUUCUCUCUUUCGACCGUCCCUAACCCAACCAUCUCCUGGAAAUUCUGACGGUGGUGCUGCGGAGAGAAUUGGCGGGACUUUGGCCACCUUGCCGGCCACCGGCGAGACUUUUCACGUUCACUGUCUCAGUUGUGAUGACUGCAAGCAGCCUUUCCCCAACCAGAAAUAUGUCCUACUCAAUAAUCUGAAGCUGUGUGAGCGAUGUGUUGCACAGAGGGAUAUGGUUGCAGCCCAAGAAAAGUUUGAGAAGAUGUCUGCAGAGUUUGCAAAACGCAGGGAUGAUUCGGUGUCCACGCGAUUUCCAGAUUACCAGAAGUCAAAGGCUAACAAGGAAUGGCAUCUGGCUCACUCCGAAUCCGUCAGCCCCUCGUUCCCGUCGACCCAGUCCUUUCAAUCAUCUACCUCGCCCUACAAUUCGAAGUAUCAACCCAACACAUCCGCCCCAAUGGCCAAAAGUGCAUCCGAGAAUCCCCAGCUACUCAAAAAGGUCUCAAAUUCACCAUUCCUCGGCGGGCAAGAUAGCAGCUCUAAGAUACCAUCAUCAAUGACCAAAAGUCUCAGUGCGACCAGAUUCGGAGGUCAGUCGAUCUGUCCCGGAUGUUCCAAACCCGGAACAAUCACGGAGACCAAACUUGGUCCCAAUGGACUACGAUGGCAUUUCAAGUGUCUGAGAUGCGCCGAAUGUCACAAACCGCUCGACUCGGGGGCAAAGACGUUCGAUAACUCGACUGCUGUUGGAUGUAGAGACUGUUUGGGCAAUGCCAGAGCCAAGAAGCGCGCGAGUGGAGCUAUGCAACUCCGUUGA